UGUUCAGGGUUAAUUAAGCUGUUUUGACAAUUUCAUGAGUUGUGGUAUUUACUGUCAUAUAGUUACGGUAUUUGAUACAUCCUAGGGUUUGAAUAUGCUGGAUAAAAUAGACUGUUUCUUUGCUUUGGCACUACCAUGAGUGUCUACAAUCUAGCAAACAUAUGCGGUGCGCCAUAUACUGGCGGCCGUAUAUGUUUUAGCCCUCAAGGAGGGUGUAUAUUGGCACCAGUCGGUAAUAGGGUCACUGUCUAUGACGUGCAAAGUAGCCGAAGCACAACUUUAUCGUCACAAACUAGAUCAGAUAUCGCAAUAAUAUCGUACCAUCCAACAUUGCCACUUGUUAUUUUGAUUGAUGUACAUGGAUAUGGUUACAUACUUAAUCUACUACGGGAUUGCAUUUUGCACCGGCUUCAAUUCAAGACUUCAAGUACUGUUAUCAAUGAAAAGCGGAGCACUUCAGUGUUGCCAGCUAACGAAUCGCAACGCUUGGUAAGGGAUGCAGCUUUCAGUCCCGACGCACGCUUUUUUGCUGUGGCUAUAGGCAAUAAACUCUGCAUAUGGCGUGCUCCAGAAGAGGGACUAUCAUGGCGCAUGACUUUACAUAGGGAAUUAACUGGGCACAUGGACACAAUAUCUAGUGUAGAUUGGUCCUCAGACUCGAGGUUCAUAUGUACCGCAUCGGCCGACCUAACGGUAAGGCUGUGGUCGGUUGAUCCAAUUCCUGGUUUUGUACCAUGCGCUUUUGUUGAUCAUAGGCGUCCUGUGAAGACGGCAUUUUUUUCUAGUGAUAUGACUCGUAUUUGUGCAAUAUCGAAAGAAGGCGUGAUAAUUGUCUGGAAAACUGUUGAUAACAUGGAAGCGACCACUCUGGAUCCUAAGAUUAACCAUGCUAAAAGGAUAGGCCACAACAAGAGACAUGCCAACUUUGAGUUAUAUAAUGAUCCUGAGAUAAACGGCUCUGCAUCGGACAUAGCCACUGCGGUGUGGAUAAAAGAAACGCAGGCGUAUUGUAACCAGGCUAACAACACUGUCGUAUCAAGAGUAUGCUUUAAUAAGAACACCAACCUGGUGGUGAUCGGUUUCACUGGCGGUCUCUUUGGCCUUUACAGGUUUCCUAGCUUUGACUCUAUAUAUACCCUGCGUAUUGGGAACGAGCUUCCAGUUGUUGAUUCAGUGGACAUUUCGAGUGACGGUGACUGGUUAGGCCUGGCGUGUUCAGAAACGGGGACUCUUGUCGUUUGGGAAUGGAAGAGUGAGACCUUUGUGAUGAAGCAGCAAGGCCACCACACUGGCAUCCGUUCUGUUGCGUUUUCUUCUGGUGGCGGUGGCACCAUUAACGUGGGUGGUGUCGUAGACAAAGAGAUGAAGACUGACGUCGACCACAAUUUCGCCGGUAAUAAGUUGGGUCUUGGCGCUCGAUAUGUUGCCGCUACUGGAGGAUUCGAUGGCAAAGUAAAGCUAUGGGAUAGCAACAGCGGUUUAUGUAUAGUGACAUUUGAUGAUCACACUGCUGCUGUUGAGGCCCUUUGCUUCACACCUCAGGGCAAUGCUAUAAUAACAGCAUCACUUGAUGGGACAGUACGCGCGUUUGAUUUAUUAAGAUACAAGAAUUUCCGAACUUUUACUGCUUCUAGGGUACAGUUUGUCUCUGUAGCGUGUGAUGCAUCAGGUAGCAUUAUAUGUGCUGGUUCUCGGGGUGAAAGCAAUUCCGUAUUCAUUUGGAGUUUGCAAACUGGGAAGCUAUUAGACGAACUUCAUGGCCACUCAUCUGCAGUUACCGGUGUUGCAUUUCAUCCCAAUUUGUCCUACUCCGGUUUCCUGGUCUCGGCAUCGUGGGAUAAAACAAUUAACGUAUGGAAUAUAUACGGUCGCGCUGAUAAGGGUGGUGCUACUGAGCCACUUAUGAAUAGUUCAAGUGUUGUUGCUAUCGCUUUUGAUACUCGGGACAAUAACAUAUUGGCUGCGGCUGUGUUAUGUGGCCGUAUAUUAUUCUGGGAUUUGAAUAACGCUGAGCAAGUUGGCAGUAUUGACGGAUUGCGCGAUCUUCAAUCUGGACGCGACCCCGGUGAAUUCUACUCAUCUGUUAAUUCCCGGGGUAAGCGUAAAGAGAGUCAUGAUUUACAAUCAUGCGUCAAUCGCAAUCAUCAUUUUAACUCGAUAUCGUAUGUAUCUAGUGGCCGUAUGUUAGUCGCUGGUUCCCGUAAUUCUGCCAGCGUCUGCAUUUACAGCACGGAGACUUACAGUCUGCUCUGCUCCAUUUCGUUGACCAAUAAUCGUUCACUAUCUGGCAUUUUACGCGAGCUUAAUUCACGUUACAUGACGGAAUACGGUCAUAGCCUACAGGAGAUGGAGUUAUCUGAUGACGAGGAGCGCUUUGAGGGUGCUGCAGAGCGCCGUAGAAUUCAGGCACACCUAUCUCUUCCUGGUGUCCAGGAGGGAGAAUUGUCAAAGUCAUCCAGGCGUUUCCAUGUUUGGUGUGUCUCAUGUUCUCCUGAUGGUAGGCAAUUUGCCGCUGCUACAUCCCACGGGUUGUAUGUAUACUCAAUGGAUGCAUUCAUUAAGACGCCGAACUAUUUGGGCGAAGUGUUCAAGUCGGUUGGUUUAUUCCAACCUCAGCUGCUUACAAAGAACGUCACUGUGGGCAACGUUUUGGGUGCUUUAGAGUCAGGUGAUCACAUCAAAGCAUUUAUAUUGGCCUUGGCUUUGAACGACUUUAACACGUUAUUACGUUGCUAUGAAAGUGUACCUGCUAGUUCGGUAAGUCACGUGGUUGCUUCCAUUGCCCCGGAAUUUAUUUGUGUUUUACUUAACUUCUUAAGGGCUGUUUUAUGUCCCGACUCACCGAAUAGCACAAUACACCUUGAAUGGCAUUUGCGCUGGUUGGAGGGGAUCUUUACUAUUCACAUGCCUACUCUUAGUGGACUUGGUAGCGGUGUAACACAGCAACCUUUAAUCCCUGUUGGACAGAUUGACCCCCGUACCAUGCUGCUGUUACUAUUACGGCAACUACGACAGACCAAGGCUACGUUAUCAGGGCUGCUAAACUCUAACGCGCAGACGGUGACUUAUUUGGGUUCUAUAGCACGAAUGAACACCGAUUGAAUCAAUUUAGUUGUUACUA